CAACUGGCGGCUAAAAUGUUCAUGCAAUUGAAGUCCAAAGCAACCUAAUGAUACUUGAUUUUUUUUUUUGUUGCAGAUGUAUUGUCCUUUUUGUGGACACCAGCUGACUUCGAAAUCAGCGUUUUGCUGUUCCUGUGGCAAGGGGAUCCAGUUCCUGUGUAAUGUUGAUCAAGACAAACCUGGCACAAGUGAGGAGGCUCCUGGAAAAAGUGCACUAGAGUCCUUUCAGACUUUUCGGAGUCUGAAAGAGAAGGAGAGACAAGCCUCCUUCAAAAAGAAAAAAACACAAUCAAAAGAAAACCUGAAGGUUGUGAAGAUUUCAGUAGGCCUUAUGCGGCUGAAGGAUGGUGGGCUUAAGACUGUCAGAGGGACAGUACUUCCCCUUUUAGUGAGACCAGAGUGCAACGCUGACGAAUUACAGAGGGCCGCUGAACAAAAAUUGAAGGCCUUCCACCAAAAUUUACGUGGUGGUCCUUAUGUACUGCUCUACCCGGACGGAACAAAGAUCGUUAACGUACCAGGAACUGAAGUACUGUUCAAUCUAAAAGACUACAAGGAGGCACUGGGAAAGGCUUACCAGCGAAUAACACUGUACAUUUGUACAUGUGAAGAUUUCUUUGCCUCUUCUCAGGAAACCAACUCUGAAUCUGACGAGUCAGAUUCAGAGGUGAUCAUCAUGAGUCCACGCUCUGCAGAAUUCAAUGCAGCUGAUACAUUAUUAUGGGAACCUGCAGAUGGAGAGUCAGGCACUGAUUCAGCAGCUCUGGUCUUACUUUCUGACUCAGAAGAGGGCCCAGGAACAUCAGGAGGUGUGAUGGAAACUACAUGCUAUAGCAAAUAUACUCGGCUGUAUGCACCCAUUGUAAUAGAGAAUGAGGAUGACUCAGACAGUGUUGAGUGCAGUCAUGACAUUCCAGAGGAUACAGGGGUGGACAAGCCAUCAAUUUCUGAGAUAACUGCAAACCUGGCCCUCGAGAUUGACCGUCAAGCUGUCAGCAGAUUUAACAUCUGUCGCUCUGACAUCUGGAAUGGAGCAGUCAGAGGAUUUAAAAGGGCAACAUUCUCAGAAAAGAAAGACAUCUUGGUGAAAUUCUCUGACAAUGAAGGGAGACUUGAGGAAGGUCUCGAUACCGGUGGUCCCAAGAGAGAAUUCCUCUCCCUUCUGAUGAAAGAGCUGAACAAACGGCCCAUAUUUGAUGGACCUGUGGAGAGCCGUUACCUGGUCUACAAUUCAACAAAUUCAGAAUGCACCCUCAUUGGAAAUCCUUCAGGACUUGAUGGUACAGAACAGCGCCAUGUUGCAGACCGCUGGGUGCUUCAGGCAUGUCAGGUCAUGUGAAGAAAAAAAAGAUUGUAGAGGAGUACCUGAAGUGGUACAUCAUCCACAGGAACAGCACUGCAAUCGAGAGAUUCAAGGCUGGACUUGAAAGUCUGCAGUUUCUGACAGCUCUGCAGCAGCAUCCGACGGUCCUGACCCCUGCUCUCUGUCAUGCCAAUGUGAAGCUGUCUGCUGCGGAGAUGGAAAAUCUGUUCCAGCCUGAACUGAG